AUGAUGAUCCUGUCUGGCACCCUCGGUCUUCACACCACCUUGCUUCUCGGCUUGAUUUUCACCGUCUGGUUCUACGCCGAUGAGCUCGCUUCCUGGAAACUCCGCAAGAAGCUGGAGCAGGUUGACCGCAGGAUGCAGCUCAAGACUGGCGAAGGCAUCCCUCAGCAGAAAUCUGACAAUUCUAUCUCCACGUCCCUAAACAUCGACAAAUUCCUGGCUACCAAGGAUUCUCGCUUCGAUCUGUCUGACACGCCUUGGUCUGCCGUCAACAUGAAAAGCCCUACUGCCAACGAAGACUAUUCUGCUUCCACUUCCUCCAAAUUCAAGAGCAAAGUCUGUGACGCUGUCAUGACUCCUACAGAAAGCGUCUUCUCCCAGAAGUCUUCUCGUGCUGCUGGUAGCAACUGGUACUCUCCUCGUAUUCAAACUGGAGGCGUUGUGUCUAACAAGACCAAAGCUUCUGCCACAGAAGACAAAUAA